AUGGCUGAUGGAUAUGCAAUUCUUAUCGCUAUCGAAGAGUUAGAAAGAGCUGAAAGACGUUGUUUGAGAAGGCAACGAAUUUUUCGACCACGAGUAGAUGCCUUUGUUCUUCACGAAGAACAUUUUAGAAGAUUAUUUAGGCUUUCCAAGGAAGUGGCAUCAAAUUUAAUAAAUACACUUCGACCGACACUGAAAGAACAGACUAGAAGAUCGGCAUUAAGUGUUCAAACUAGAAUUUUGGCAGCUGUAAGAUUUUUUGCCUGUGGUUCUUACCAGUUAGGAAUAGGCCAAGAUUUUACUCUAAGUAUUAGCCAGAAGUCAGUAAGUCGAGCUAUUAGAAGUGUUUCAGUAGCUAUAAGGGAUAAUUUAUUAAAGCAUUGGAUUCUUAAUUAUAAUAAUAAUAAUAAAUUGUACAUUCAUUUUAGAUUUUAUGACAAAUACACUUUCCCUGGUGUAAUAGGGGCAAUUGAUUGUUGUCAUGUAGCAAUUGUAUCACCACCUGUAGAGGAUAUCAAUUAUCCAGAACAUAUAUAUGUUAAUAGAAAAGGAUAUCACUCUCUUAAUGUUCAAUUGAUAUGUGAUGCAAACAUGUACAUAAUGAAUGUAAAUGCUCGUUUUCCUGGUAGUGUCCAUGAUGCAUUUAUAUGGAAAAAUUCCAAUGUUAGAAAAGCCUUUCAGAGAUGGCAUAACUGCAACAGAAAUGCACAUACUUGGCUUUUAGGUGACAGUGGAUACCCUUUGGAGCCAUGGUUGUUGACUCCACUUCGUACAACCAAUACUCAAGCUGAAGUAAAAUAUAAUAAUUGUCUCACUGCAACUCGAAGUAUAAUAGAACAAUGUAAUGGACUCUUGAAAAAUAGAUGGAGAUGUUUGUUGAAACAUAGGGUCUUACACUAUCAUCCAGAGACAGCUUCAAAUGUUAUAAUUGCAUGUGUUGUGCUUCACAACAUUUGCAUUAAAAAUAAUAUUGCUUUGGAGGAUGAUGAUAUAUUGCAACCAGAAGACCAGUUACCGCAGAUCAUACCAUCAACAGAAUUUGAAAAUACAUCAAAUGAUAUACUUUUUAAUGAAACUAGAAGGAUUCAACAACAACUAAUAAGCUUGUGUUUUUCUUAAAAAUAAUUUUAAUGAUAUAUAUAUCAUUAAAAAAUUGUAUGUAUAUAUUGGAUAUACUAAUAAAUUGUGUGUGUAUAUAUAUAUACAUGUCUGUUAAGAGCCUGCCUUUUUCAAGAAUAUUCAGAUAUAAAGAACAGAAAAAUCAGUACUUUAAAAUAAUAAUUUAUUUAUUUUCAAAUUAAAUUUUUUUUCAAUAUAUACAUAAAAAUAUUACAAAGAAUUUUCGGAUAAUAAAUUGACAAUGGUAUUUAGUGCUGUAGCAAUUUUUUUAAGGGAGUCUUUGUUUUCCUCAGAUAUGGAAAGUUCCUUCUCCCUUAACUCUAGUUCUUUUUUCUUUAAUUUAAUUUUUUCUUGUUCCAGCUGUAUAAAUGAUUCUGUUCUUUUCUUUGCUUCGUUUAAUUCUUCUUCAGUGGAAAUGUGUUUUCUUUUUCUUCCUUUAGCUAAAAAACAUAAAUUCAUAUGGAAAACUUAGUCUUUGUACAUGCUAACUAUAAAAUUAAUUCUUUUACACUAAAUGUUAUAACUUUGUAUAUUAAUAUGACUUAAUACUAUGCAGUUCAUUUAUGACAGAUUCUAUAAAUUCAGUUCUUAUAAUUAAUGCUACAGUUGCUUUAAUGAAGUAAUUUGAAAAUAUUUUAAAAAUUUACUUACACUGACUCGCUUCUUUUGUUAAAUCUAUAUAUUCACUAUCUGUUAGAUAAAUUGAAAACAUUUGAAAACCAUAAAUUUUUGUUAUAAUUAUUUUGUAUAUGAGAUUAUUUUGAUGCAUACUAACCCUGUUCAGAAGAAGAAAUAUCUAUAGAAUUUAUUCCUGUUGCAGAGAGAUUUUCAAUUCCUGGCAGUGUAGAUUCCUAUUAUAAUAAAUUACAUUUUUAAAAUAUAAACAGAGAUAUUAAUAGUACUGAUGGAAAUUUCAAAACUUAUUAUUAAUACUCUCCAUUAUAUACAGAAAAAUAAUGGAAGUAUAACAUUUUUUAAAACACGUUAGUCUUUAUUCAUUUUAAAUUUAAAGAUUAUUAUUCACCUCAGUCUGCAAUAGAUUUGAAAACUCUUCAACUUCGGAUUCCACAGUGUUUUGCUGCCCCAAAACCACUGUGUCACCCAUUAAAGAUAUGAUCCUUUCUUGUAAUGAAGAUAGCUUUUCACUAGAUUCUCUACCACCCCCAGUCUUUUCUCUGCUGUUUCUUAUUCUUGACGCCUUCUCUUUUGCAUUUCUCUUCAUGUCGAGCCAGCACUAAUAAAAAAAUUUUAUUUGAUAAAAUUAUACAGCAAAUUUUUCCAAAACUAAAAAGAAGUAUAAUUCAUAGAAAAAGAGAAUGAAUUAAAAU